AGGGACGCUCUGGGCUGGCUCUCGGUGGUGCGGCAGCGGGCGGGAGCAGCGGCCGCUCUGGUCGGCGGACGUGCUGCCGAGCGGUCCCGGAAGCGAAGCAGCGAUGGCGGAGAGUCCGACUGAGGAGGCGGCGACGGCGACGGCGGGCGCGGGGGCGGCGGGCCCCGGGGCGAGCGGCGUGGCCGGGGUGGUCGGCGUGAGCGGCGGCAGCGGCAGCGGCGGGUUCGGGCCGCCGUUCCUGCCGGACGUGUGGGCGGCGGCGGCGGCGGCGGGCGGGGCCGGGGCGCCGGGGAGCGGCCUGGCCCCACUGCCCGGGCUCCCACCCACGGCCGCGGCGCACGGCGCCGCGCUGCUCAGCCACUGGGACCCCACGCUCAGCUCCGACUGGGACGGCGAGCGCACCGCCCCGCAGUGUCUGCUCCGGAUCAAGCGGGAUAUCAUGUCCAUUUACAAGGAGCCGCCCCCGGGGAUGUUCGUGGUCCCUGACACAGUGGACAUGACUAAGAUCCAUGCCUUGAUCACCGGCCCCUUUGACACUCCCUAUGAAGGGGGCUUCUUCCUGUUCGUGUUCCGGUGUCCCCCUGACUACCCCAUCCACCCUCCUCGGGUCAAACUGAUGACGACGGGCAACAACACCGUGAGAUUUAACCCCAACUUCUACCGCAACGGCAAGGUCUGCCUUAGCAUCCUGGGGACCUGGACUGGCCCGGCCUGGAGCCCGGCGCAGAGCAUCUCCUCCGUGCUCAUCUCCAUCCAGUCACUGAUGACUGAGAACCCAUACCACAACGAGCCCGGCUUCGAGCAGGAGAGACAUCCAGGAGACAGCAAAAACUACAAUGAGUGUAUCCGGCAUGAGACCAUUAGAGUCGCGGUCUGUGACAUGAUGGAAGGGAAGUGUCCCUGCCCGGAGCCCCUGCGGGGCGUGAUGGAGAAGUCCUUCCUAGAGUACUACGACUUCUACGAGGUGGCCUGCAAGGACCGCCUGCACCUCCAAGGCCAGACCAUGCAGGACCCUUUUGGGGAGAAGCGGGGCCACUUCGACUACCAGUCCCUCCUCGUCCGUCUGGGCCUCAUCCGCCAGAAGGUGCUGGAGCGGCUGCACAGCGAGGCCGCAGAGAUGGACUCUGACAGCAGCUCCUCGGGUACCGAAGCGGACCUGCACGGCGGCCUGCGGCUGUAGACCCGCCGCCCUGGCCCGGCUGGGCAGGCCGCUCCCCCCAACAGGGAACCGGGGCCUUGGGGCUGUGUUCCCCAUCAAGGCCCAGGUACCAUCGGGGAGGUCAGGGCCCCACCCACAGGACCCACGGCUGACACCUCCAGGCCUCUUGGGGCACUCCUUAGGGAGGGAGAAGCUCAGGUGGGGUGCCUGGCACGGGAGCAGUCUGGGUGGUUGUCUGUCUGUCUCUGUCCGUCUCCAGUCUUCAAAUGGGCUCCCCAGCCCCUCUCCCUGUCGCUCCUCCCUCCCUCCCUGCUGUUUGGGCCAGCGUGGUUUUCUUCUCCCUAAUUUAUGGUCACUGUUCUAGACAGACCAAAGAGCAGGACAGUGUCAAGCUGGCUGUGGGCGAAGCUUUAGGGCACCUUGCACCUCCACCCUGCCCCGCCCAGCUCGGUCUCCGGGCUCAGGCUGGAGGGAAAGGGCCUUAGGUCCAGGCCGCAGCAGGCCCUGGAGAAGCCGGAAAUACUGUUGGUUCCCGAGGUCAUCGCUGGAGAUGCUCCCAGCACAGUGGCUGCGGGGCUCUGCGAGUGUCCGUGUCUGGUGGCCAGGGCCUCUCCCCAGGUGUGGGCGGUCCUUAGCACACUUCCCUUUGGCUCCUUGCGUCUUCUCACCCUGGCCCAUGGUGCCCUCCUCAGUUCAACCCCAGGGAUUUGUGGGGAGCAGGGUCCCCAGCGGCAGGAGCUAGGACUUGAGGCCCCUCGCCCCAGCUGCUCUGUUGCAGCCGCACCUGCGGCCUGGCUGUGUUGCUUCUGUUCAGCGCGGUGUCCUGCAGCUGGCUGGUGACAAGGCCAGUAUUAGGUGUCCAAGGGUGUGGACGCUGUGGACCCGGCUUCCCAUUUGUGCAUUUGUAGGUGACUGCAGGUUAAGUUGUUCAGGCCCCAAGGCUGUGACCCAGGUGACACAGGGAGGGGAGGACGUUGUGCACCUGUCCUCCUGCUGCUACGAAGUCUCUGCCCUGUGGCUUCUGGGCUCCUAGGGGACCGACAAUUGGGGGGCACCGGAAAGCACCCCACCCUGAGGGCUGGGAACACUGCCAGGAUUGGACAGUGGCAUGCGUGGGUGGGGUCGGUUCCCACUGAGGACUUGCAGGGGACCUGCUUCCGACAGCCCUCGGUCCCCAGAGGUAGGUGGGCGGAGGAGGGCCCUGGGUCUGUGGUCCAGUGUUGUCUCUCAUUCGCCCGAGUGUCCCCACCUUGAAGUGACAAUCUUCUUGCCCGCCGUGGGGCAGAGCUCGCUGGCCUCCAGCCCUGGUCUUGAGUUAAGGACAUAUAUGCACAGGAGUCAGAGAUGUCUUUAUAUCCGACUGUACAUAAAUGAAGUUCUUUUUUUUUUCCUUUUGGUGCAAUAAAGUUUGUUUUGGCAGAA